GCCUGUGAGUGUGUGUGUGUAUACAGCGUGAGUCACCGGGAGGCGGAGGAGGUGGAGGAAAAGGAGAAGGAGGAGUGCACUGGCCGGGAUCAGUGCGGCGCACACACUCACUCGCUCCAGUCACUCUCUCCGAGCGCGUCUCGCCAGAUCGCACGCCCGCCCGGGAGCUCAGGAGCUCGCAGGGAUCCCGGACGCCGCGGAAAAGUUUGCUCCGGCUCGUACUCGGAACUGCUUUAGGAAGUGCACUGGCUCCGCCGAGCCUGCGGAAUUCCGACCUCGCGGCUCCGGACCCUGGGAACGCAGGCCGCCUCCGUCGCCGGGGCCGUCGACAACAAUAGCGGCGGCCGCCCCCCAGGAGGCGCCCCGAGCCGGUGCUAGCCGGGGUCCUGGACCCUGAGCCUGUGUCCGACCUUCGGGCGCGCCGGCAGCGAGGUCCCUGCGUGCAAGGCAAGCGCCGAGGACCGGCUCCGGCAUUGCCCCUGGCGGGGGCCGAGGAAGACUGUCUGCAAACUCCAUCCAGCGGACUGGACGAAGUCUCGGCGCCGGUACCAAACCCGCAGCGUCUUCCCUCGCGGAUCCCGGGACGUACAAAGCCGGGGCCGCCCCGGCCGGGGACGCAAUGCGGGUCGGUCCCGUGCGCUUCGCCAUGAGCAGUGCCUCGCAACCCCGCAGUCCAGCUCUGCUGCUCCCGGCCGCCCGGGGCACCCCGGCCAAGCGCCUGCUGGACGCGGACGACACGGCGGCCGUGGCGGCCAAAUGCCCGCGCCUCUCCGAGUGCUCGAGCCCCCCGGACUACCUCAGCCCCCCCGGCUCGCCCUGUAGCCCGCAGCCCCCACCCGCCGCGCCGGGGGUUGGCGGAGGCUCCGGAAGCGUACCGGGGCCCAGCCGCAUCGCGGACUACCUGCUGCUGCCCCUGGCCGAGCGCGAGCAUGUGUCCCGGGCACUGUGCGUUCACACUGGCCGCGAGCUGCGCUGCAAGGUAUUCCCCAUUAAACACUACCAGGAUAAAAUCAGGCCGUAUAUCCAGCUGCCUUCGCACAGUAACAUCACUGGGAUCAUGGAGGUGAUCCUGGGGGAGACCAAGGCCUAUGUCUUCUUUGAGAAGGACUUUGGGGACAUGCACUCCUACGUGCGAAGCCGGAAGAGGCUGCGGGAAGAGGAGGCCGCUCGGCUGUUCAAGCAGAUCGUCUCAGCUGUUGCGCACUGCCACCAGUCUGCCAUCGUGCUGGGGGACCUGAAGCUGAGGAAGUUUGUCUUCUCCACAGAGGAGAGAACCCAGCUCCGACUGGAAAGCCUGGAAGAUACACACAUAAUCAAGGGCGAAGAUGAUGCUUUGUCAGACAAACACGGCUGCCCGGCCUACGUGAGCCCCGAGAUUCUCAACACCACGGGGACCUACUCUGGGAAGGCCGCGGACGUUUGGAGCCUGGGCGUGAUGCUCUACACCCUCUUGGUGGGGCGAUACCCCUUCCAUGACUCAGACCCUAGUGCCCUUUUCUCCAAAAUCCGCCGGGGACAGUUCUGCAUUCCCGACCACAUCUCCCCCAAAGCUAGGUGCCUCAUUCGCAACCUCCUGAGACGAGAGCCUUCCGAGAGACUCACUGCUCCCGAGAUCCUACUCCAUCCCUGGUUCUCGUCUGCCUUGGAACCUGGGUACAUUGACUCAGAAAUGGGAACUUCAGACCAGAUUGUUCCAGAGUACCGGGAGGACAGUGACAUUAGUUCCUUCUUUUGCUAAUCCCAGAAACCUCAGAAACCUCACAAUUCUCACACAUGGCAUUUGCAUUUCUGAAGACAGGCAGGCCUGCCAGCGUGGUGCUGCCCAGAGAGAUGCCCGCUUCCCGACGGCUGCUGCAGGGCUCUGCGUGGCACUCUCUUUGUGGUUGGGAUGAGUGACUUGGUCCAAGCGGAAUCCACUCUGCCUGGGCGUGCCGUGGCGCUGUUCCCCUUCUUAAACUGUCACCAGCUCUCCCUUGGCCGGAUUUGAGGCUUCUGCAAGUCUUGAAGUUGGCAGAGAAUGUGGGCAACCCACCCUGUGUUCAGAUGUCACGAAUGCCGGUCUGAGCAGGAAAGGAAGCAGAUUGCACAGUGGUAUUUUGGGCAGCAACUAUUUUAACAGGAUGACAAAUAACUCAGGCCAAUAAACUUGCCAUCUCCAGACUCAUCUUUGGUAGCUGGACCUGCUACCUCGGUUUCUCUAAUCGGAAAGUUCUUGUGGUUUAACACUCACCUUUACUGCACACUCAUCUUUACCAAUGCCUCUGCUCCACUGUGGGAGCAGCCUGAGGAGCUCAGGAGUCUGCCUCAGCCCAAACUGCGCCCUGCCGAGACACCUAUGCAAUAGUGCCUCCCCGCCCUGGGUCCUGGCCCAGCUAGCCGGGAAACCGCCGACAGAGAUGAACUGGCUGCUUUGGAAUCCUGAGCUCAAUUUGUUCCUUAAGACUAAUUCAAUGACUUGAGAGGGUCAGCUUUUUGUGCUCCCUUUGAAUUCACUGGCAUUUGGUCCUGUUCUUUCUUUCCCUGAGACAUCUUAAGUGGGGCAUUUUGUCUGGGAGGAAAUGGGGAAGGAGACUUCUCAUCCCUGUCUCUCAGGAGCAAGCGUAAUCCGGGCUCUCAGGAGACCCUCAGGCUGACUUACAUGCGGCACGGUGGUCCUGUGGCCGCAUGGCCAAGCUGGCUGCAUGUGCACAGCCGAGGUUUGCACGACGUGCUGUGGUUUGUGAGGAUAUCUGCACAGUUGGCUUCUGGGGGGCGUGGCGAGCCCCAGAUACCCCCAGUCACUUUGGACUUGGCAAAUCAUCUGACCUGACCGCUCCCCCCGGCUCCUCCCCACCCCCCCAGCUGCUUUGGCAGUGUGCAUCUGGCUUCGAUCCAGUGCUUCCAGACCGAAAACCCACUCCCUGCAAAGGCAGAGCUUCAUGGGGAGACUGCAGCUUGCAUCGGAAACCGACGGGCAGUGCUGAGAUAGGGUGGUUAAACGGGUAAACGGAACACACUGUGUUCUGAGAAAUGGCACAAAACCAGGCAGGCGUCUCUAAGGGCUACGCCUCGGCAGACUACUGCCCGCGCUGAGAAUGCCGUGUAUACCUCACGUGCCGUGUGCUCUGUACAGACCUUUACCUUUUCUACCGGUGUCUGACGUGUUGUCGCGUGUGGCUCCAGGCGUGUUCGGUGUCUGUGUCUGUGUCUGUCUGAUAACCUGCGUGUGUAAAGCCACGUGAAAUGUGAACGAAGUCGGCGAUAGUGCCGCGUAGAAUCAUGGGACUUGGGGCGAGGGACGGGCUGUGUCCCCUCACGGCUCGUGGUUGUUGACUCUUGUAUCUGUGAUACAUUACCCAGCCGGAGCGUCUGGGCUGGCAGGGCUCCUGCCAGGACAGUGAGAAACACUAGAUCCUUCCGUGCGUGUGUGGUGGGCGGCGAGGCAGCUGCCGCCGCCUGUAGAGUUUUAAUAAACCUUGUUUCGUACA